CCACACAAGCCUACUUGUAUAUUUACUUUCUAUUGCCAGCACACGCUCUUUCUAGCGCAUGACCCUCUUGAUCACUUAACCCGCGCCGACAAACGAUGCACACGAUAUUCACCAUACACGAAUUGGUCUCCCACAUCCUGCUCUUCCUCGACACACCCGACCGGCUCCGCUUUGGACAGACCUGCACUCAGGUAUGGGACACUGUCCGCCCAAGCGUGUGGACUCAUGUCGAGCACCGGUAUGCGAUAUGGCGGCUACUGCCAAAGGGGCUCGAAAUGGGGAGAGACGAUCACAGGGGCGUUUACGUCCUCAGACCCGAACUGGAAGAGGCAGAAGUGCAGCAUGUUGCGCAGUAUACGAAACAUAUCCGGCAUUUGACGAUCGAGAACAACCGGUUCACCGACCAACUAAUAACAUCAUGCCCCCGUCUUAUUGUCGUGCCUAUCAUGAUCUCCUCGCACCCCUCAUUCCUCCCUGCUCUCCAAAGCUUGCAUCUCAUCAUCCACCGUGACGCACCGCUCGGCGACCAGUGCACGGAUGUGUUCGUGCCUCUGCUGAAGGCGUUGCCCUACUCGGACCUCACGAUCCAAGUUGACGUACCACGGAAUACGACAUUCCUGCAGAAGCUAUUGCAAGGGGUCAGCAAGGAGGCCCGCAGGCUCAAGAGCUUCUCGUUCCAGAUCGGGGAUACGCUCGAGCACUGGAACCAGGAUGCAGCGCUCGAGGAGAUCUUCCUCGAGCUCCAGUUCAAGUUCCUGCAACAUAUAACCCGAUUGACCCUCAAGCUCCUCCUUCAGGGAACGACCUUCCUUCCUAUUCUGGCUGCGCUCCCGGAGCUGCAAUACCUCCAGCUCGGCACUGUCGUUGAUCACACUGAGUUCGCCGACCGCCCAGAACCGCCGUACGAGCUCCCUCCCACCGCGUUCUCGCAGCUUAAAAGCCUCGUCAUUACUGCGGGCGCAUACAAGGACUUCUUGGAUGUGUCCUACCUGCUUGAGCGGAUCAGUUCCUCCCAGAUCGAGCGUCUCGAGCUUCCGUUCAAGACGAUCCCUGCAUUACAAUCCAGCAUAUCAACCAUCUCCACCCGCUGGGCAGGCACCAUCAUUGCGCUCAAACUCGUCUCGCGCAUCUUUCCCGUGCACAGCAUCGCCUUCCCCGUAUUCGAGCCCCUCACCCAGUGCAAGAAGCUCCGCGACGUGUGCUUCUGGGAGUGCAGGCUGAACUACUCCGACGACCAGUUCCAGCAACUGUUCGAAUCCUGGCCAGACGUCGAGUCCCUCACGGUGCGCGAUCCCAAAAAAUGGCCCCGCGCAACCUGCGCAGUACUCGACUUCGUCUCCCAGAGAUGUACAAAGCUGACCGACCUGACACUCGCCGUGAAUCUGGACACGGGGGCGCCUCCCCCACCGCCCGAUGGAUACUUCCCUACCACUUCCGCUGUGACGAAGUACAACGCCGGAUAUGCAUCGUGCACCGAGCCCAGGCCAACAUUCGCCUUCCUGCUCAGGACAUUCCCGAACCUGCAGACAUUCGAGUGCGAGGCACACAAGUGGGACGCAGGUGAUAUGCACAAGGUCGUCACUGGCCAGUGUGUGGGACGGAUCGCGCUAGCCGUCAUGACAGGGGCAACGCGGAGAAGGUGAGCAUCUUGGCUGGGGUCUCACACCGUCGGGUGUAGGAAUAUGCAUAUGUUUUU